UGUUUAUUUAACCGAUUGGGUUGGAAAUAGGCAAAGGCUUAUAUGAGUGUAUAUUUCCGUGAACAAAAGUCCAUCUUGUCAUAUCUUGGAUUACAUGACUAUAAUGCGCAGCAUGCAAUUCAAACCUAUAAAUCAGGCCCGACUGCUGCCCCCUUUGGUUUGACUAAAAUCCAAACCUCGCCAACAUAUCAAGUCCCGCUCUAUUCACGGCCGCAAAAAUGAAGAAACUUAUAUUCACAGUAACCAUACUACUCUGGCAGAUGGUUAUAGGCCUGACUCCCGCGGAAUGGCGCAGUCAGUCGAUCUAUUUCCUGUUGACAGAUCGCUUCGGACGCAGUGACAAUUCAGUCACUGCUAACUGUAAUGUUAACGACAGAAUUUAUUGCGGUGGCAGUUGGCAGGGUAUCAUCAACCAAUUAGAUUAUAUCCAGGGAAUGGGCUUUACUGCUAUUUGGAUUACUCCAGUGACAAAACAGCUCUCGCAGAACACUGGCGACGGCACAUCCUACCACGGGUACUGGCAGCAAGAUAUAUACAAUGUAAAUCCAAACCACGGCACGUCCGAUGACCUCUUGGCACUGUCGAAAGCACUGCACGCUCGAGGCAUGUAUCUCAUGGUUGACGUCGUGGCUAACCAUAUGGUGGCUACGCUGGAGCUGGGAAUACUGUGGAUUACAGUGUUUUCACCUCCCUUCAACUCUUCCUCCUACUUCCACCCCUAUUGUUUGAUCAGUAACUACAAUGACCAGUCCAAUGUUGAGAAUUGUUGGCUUGGCGACACCAUUGUGUCGCUGCCAGAUCUUGACACAACCCAGACCUCAGUGCAGGCCCUCUGGAACAAUUGGAUUGCUGAUUUGGUGUCUAAGUACUCCAUUGAUGGGUUGCGCGUCGAUACCGUGAAGCAUGUCCAGAAGUCUUUCUGGCCUGGCUUCAAUGACGCCGCAGGCGUUUAUAGUGUCGGGGAGGUCUUUGAUGGAGAUCCAGCCUACACCUGCGACUAUCAAAGCUACAUGGACGGUGUCUUGAAUUAUCCCAUCUAUUACCCACUGCUACGUGCGUUCCAGUCUUCUAGCGGCAGCAUUAGCGAUUUGUAUAACAUGAUUGGCACUGUGGCAUCUGAUUGUGCUGAUUCAACCCUACUCGGCAAUUUCAUCGAGAAUCACGACAACCCACGUUUCCCAAGCUACACAAGCGACUACUCGCAGGCCAAGAAUGUGCUCUCAUUUCUGUUUUUGUCAGAUGGUAUUCCCAUUGUAUAUUCCGGCCAGGAACAACACUAUAGUGGUGGAAGUGAUCCAGCCAACCGCGAAGCUAUCUGGCUGUCGGGAUACUCUACCACAGCAGAGUUAUAUCAAUAUAUUGCGACUACGAACAAGAUCCGCAAAGCGGCCGUCGCCGCAGACUCCAGCUACAUCACGACCAAGAAUAUUCCCUUCUAUCAAGACAGCCAUACAUUAGCUAUGAAGAAGGGAUCGGGCAGCUCGCCAGUCAUAACGGUCCUUUCCAACGCCGGGUCAUCCGGAUCCUCCUAUACAUUGUCUUUAAGUGGGAGUGGGUAUUCAUCCGGCGCCAAGCUGGUGGAGAUGUACACCUGCACAUCUAUAACAGUGGAUUCCAGCGGUAACAUCGCGGUGCCAAUGGCGUCCGGAUUGCCACGGGUGCUUAUUCUCGCAUCAUCCGUGAGCAACAUUGGGCUAUGUGGCUCAUCCGUUCCUAGUACCACAGCCACCACAGUGACUCCAACCACUACGACAACCACUACGGAGGCGGGCUGCACCCAAGCCACUGCCCUGCCGGUUCUAUUCAAGGAGCUUGUGACUACUGCAUAUGGCCAGGAUAUCUACGUCUCAGGGUCAAUCAGCCAGCUUGGCACCUGGGACACGAGUAAAGCCAUCGCACUGUCUGCAAGCAGCUACACUUCUUCCAAUCCCUUGUGGCAGACUACUAUCACACUCCCGGUCGGAACAACCUUCCAGUAUAAAUUCCUCAAGAUGACGACAGGAUCUUCAGCUGUGACGUGGGAAAGCGAUCCUAACCGAUCGUAUACGGUGCCAACUGGGUGUUCGGGAACUACAGCCACUGUGACGGCGAGCUGGAAAUGAAAUAAGGGUUAUUUCCGAUGGCAGAUUCUGCUUGGAGAUGAAUUCAUGCCUCAAAUUUGCGAAUAUCAUUGAUAACUACCGACCCUUUAUGAGUACAACGCUGCAGACCAAAUUCCAGAGCAUGGUUCUAGCUAAGCUAUUUAUCGUG